AUGACUAACUCCGUGCUCAACUCACCACCGCAACUCCCGGCCGCCGGUGCCUGGGGCAGCCUGUACGGUGUGCAAGAACCUUUGAAAUGCCAGCGUGUCCCGGUGGUACCGGCCGCUGCCAAGAAGAAGCAGCCGGCGUACGGGGUCAAGAGGAACCUAGAGAUGUGCACCGAGGCGCUCGGAUGCGAGACUGGCGGCGUCGACACAGCCGCCGACGAUGUCGACGUGGGCAUGGCGAGGAAGAGGCAUGCCUGGGAGCAAGAGGAGGAGGAGUCGAAAGCGGAGGCGAUGGAGCGGAGGGUGCGCGUGCUGCCCCCGCCGCUGACGACGCUGGCGGCCGGCGCGCCCCGCAUGCGCAUGGUCCACGAGCGGCGCGACGGGCGGCUGGAAGUGUACGCGGUGCGGUCGUCCGGGAUGGAGGCCGAGCGGAGCGGCGGGCGUCUCCGCCUCCGCUUCCACUCCUGCACCGCCUGCAAGUGCAAUGCCGCCAAGUGUAGCCAACAAGAAUCGCAGGAAGGAGAGGAACUCGAGGCUGAUCAGCGUCAGCGGCCGGAGGACGCACACGUCGUCGCAAAGUACGCGCGCGGUGGGCGGUGCGUGGAGGCGGAAGGUGGCGCGACGUCGGCAAGGCGCGGCGGGAAAUGGGAGCCGGAGCAGGCGGCCGCGUUCUGGGUGGCCAUCACCUGA